AUGAUGUCACUUAUUUUAUUCUUCUUCUCUCUUCCCAUAAUUUUGAUUCUCUACUUCCAAACACAAAAACCUAAACUCACACCACCGGGCCCACCGGGGUUGCCGUUGAUCGGCAAUUUCCACCAAAUCGACGGCCAAUUUCAAUACAAGUACUUCCAGCGCCUCUCGAAGCAAUACGGCCCCGUCAUGUUGCUCAAGCUCGGAAUCCGACGCCUCAUUGUGAUUUCCUCGGCAGAAGCAGUGAAAGAGAUUACGAAAUCUAACGAUGCCGUUUUCUCAAGACGACCUUCUGUUGUCGCCGCGAAGAGGCUGACAUAUAACCACCUAGACAUCGGGUUUUCCUACAACGACACGUGGAGGGAGAUGAGGAAGAUCUCCAACCUCCAUCUCUUUAGCGCCAAGCAAGUUCAAUCAUUUCACCCCAUUUUGAGAGACGAAGUGAGCAAGAUGGUGGAGAAGAUUGCUAGAGAUGCCUCUUCUUCCACCGUCGUCAAUUUCAGUGAUACCUCGAUGUCACUUUUAACUAAUAUCCUCUCCAGGAUUGCGUUUGGGAAGAUCUGUGAAAAGGAUCGUUUCAAGGAUCUUCUUGAUGAAACUCAGCACGUACUUGGAGGUUUUUUUGUGGAGGAUUACUUGCCUUGGCUUCGAUGGAUUGAUCGCCUCUCUGGAAUGGCUGCAAAGCUUGAUAAGAAUUUUCACAACUUGGAUUUUUUUUAUCAAGAACUGAUUGAAGAACAUAUGAAUCCGAAUAGGCCUAAAUCGAUGGAUGGUGACUUCAUCGAUAUUAUGUUAAGGAUUAAAGAAAAUGGAUCCUCUUCCUUUGCUCCUACAAUAAACCACAUCAAAGGUGUACUAAUGGAUUUGGUAACCGGAGGCAGUGACACGGCAGCAAUUGCUCUAGAGUGGACAAUGACGGCAUUGAUGGAGAAGCCUUUGGUGAUGAAGAAGUUGCAAGAGGAGAUAAGGCGGUUGGGCGGAAAGAAAGAUAUGAUCAACAAACAAGACAUAGAGCAACUUUCAUAUUUGAGGGCAGUUGUAAAAGAGAGUUUGAGAAUGUAUCCACCGGCUCCACUUUUAUUGCCAAGAGAGACUACUAAUAAGUGUAGUGUAAAUGGUUAUGAAAUUGAAGGCGGAAGUAUGGUGUAUAUCAAUGCUUGGGCUAUUGGAAGAGAUCCCGCCACGUGGGAAAACGCAGAUGAGUUCAUGCCGGAGAGGUUCUUGGAGGACGGUCAGAUUCCGGAGUUGAUUACCUUUGGAUUCGGGAGAAGAGGGUGUCCGGGAAUGGGAAUGGCGAUUGCCGAGCUGGAACUUGCAUUGGCAAAUCUUGUAUACAGAUUUAAUUGGGAAUUGCCCAAGAAAGAGGAUAUUGAUUUCGAGUGUAGCCCUGGAGCAACAAUGCAUAAGAAGAAUGCUCUUCGUCUUAUUGCCAAGGUUGUCAUAUAAACUUUAGUGUUUUAGAUCUAUGUAAAUAAAGGUUGCCAAUUGUAUCAUAACUUGUCAUUAUUCUUAUCAUCUCGUAGCCUACGAUUUGGGAGAAAUUAUUAAAUACUUUUUGGCAAA